AUGGGUCGCCUUGAGCUCUGGCAGUCAUGCUACCUGCUGUUCCCCUUUCUCGUUCUUUGCCACCUAUACGUCUCCCCAUAUACCAAGGUCGAGGAAUCUUUCAACAUCCAAGCCGCCCACGACAUCCUGAAAUAUGGGAUCCCAACCCACAACGCGAAUUUCAGACUUAGGGCCCUCUAUGACCAUAUGACCUUCCCUGGUGCCGUGCCCAGGACAUUCAUCGGGGCCAUUGUCCUGGCAGCCAUUGCGAAGCCGAUUGUGUGGUGUGGAAAUCUCGAUGGAGCACAGCAACAAAUGCUCGUCCGCGCUGUCCUGGGUCUCUUCAAUGCCGCUGCUCUCAUGUACUACGUGUCGGGCGUGAAACGAGCAUAUGGCAGAACUGCCGCCGCAUGGUACACUUUCCACCAAGCAAGCCAGUUUCAUGUCUGGUAUUACUCGUCGCGGACUCUGCCCAACAUGUUCGCUUUCGGGAUGAGCACGUUUGCAUUCGCCCUUCUUUUGCCAGCCACCCCCUCAACCACGGACUCACUCAUCAAGCGCAACAAGCUGGCUCUGUACAUCCUCACUCUAGCAGCUGUCAUUUUCCGCUCUGAAGUCGGCCUUCUUUUGGGCUGCCAAUGCCUGUACAUGCUUCUGUGCAGGGGACUCAACGCCUCCAUCGCUCUCUCCCUGAUCCGUAGGGUCCUUGUCCCUGCCAUCCUCACUGCCACCAUCACCGGCCUUUUAUUGACAGUCUCUGUCGACACCUUCUUCUGGCAAUCGGCGAACCUCCUCUGGCCCGAACUCGCUGCGUUCUUGUCCAACGUCUUUCCACGGGCGGAUGGCCUUGGUGCCUCUGCUUGGGGGACGAGCCCCUGGUAUUGGUACUUUACCAAUGCGCUGCCCCGGCUCCUGAUGAAUCCCUUCGUGGUGGGCCUGCUACCAGCCAGCUUCAUCUACCCCAGCUUGCGGGCUUCAAAUCUACACCUCAUCAUCCCGUCGCUGGGUUAUGUGUCUCUGUAUUCGUUCCUCGCACACAAGGAGACGCGCUUCCUCUUUCCCGUCAUCCCCCCCUUGACGACAGCGAUAGCCCGAGUGUCAGACUAUAUCUAUAAGCUGAGUCCUCGCUACCCGAUCUGCUCCAUCUUCGCAACCUUCAUAAUCCUGACCACAACAUGCACUGCCGUCUUAUCUCACUUCGUCUUCCUCCCGCUGUCCACACAGACCUACCCGGGUGCCCACGCUCUCUCGUCCCUGCAUGCCGUCUCGCUCAACUACCCGCCUCAAUCCGUCGUGCGCGUCCAUCUGACAAACCUCGCCUUACAGACAGGCGUGACGCACUUCCUCUCGACGCCCUCGUUCACCAACUCAUCCGGCCACGGGCGACCGGUCUUCUACCUCCCGGGCUCCGCGUCGGGCGACAUACCGGCCCUGGUCUCUCCGCAGCGCACGAAAUGGGUCUACGACAAAUCGGACAACGAGACCGCGUUUCUGUCCCCUAUGUUUUGGGCACGCUUUGACUACGUCGUCGUCGAGGAUCCCGGUCGCGUCAUCGGCCGCUGGGACGUUGUCGACAAGGUCCCCUCGUUGGGCCGCCUGCAGAUCAUGCCACCGGACCUCGGCAGAGGGAUGCUCGUGCUGGGCUACACCAAGGAGGAGAGCAGAGAAGACGACGGACUUGCCAGGCUCGUCGGGGAAGUGUACGGGAGGAAGAUGAAGUGGAUGUACGGCGUCGUGCAUGACCUGCUGCGGGAAGGGUACGGGUUAGACAAGGUGCUGGGGAAGCGAGCAAGUUGGACGAAUGGCUGGUGGGUGCACUGGGGGUUGGAGACGAGGUUAUAUAUCCUGAAGAGAGCGCAGGGUGGAGUUAUCCCCUGA